GACGAUGUCGACCCAAGCUCAUCAAAUCGCCAACACCGGGAGCGAAGAUGACCGAACUUCAGUCACCGAUGUCCCGCUACCUGUCGAUUAUCCAGCGGGUGAGAUGCCGGCUUCACUCGGUGCGAGAAGAGGGUCCAGCGUGAAGAAACACCACCACAAGCAUAAUUUGAAACACCGUUAUGAAUUACUGGAGACCCUCGGGAGAGGAACAUAUGGCAAAGUGAAGAAGGCAAUUGAGAGACAUACGGGCAGAGUGGUGGCCAUUAAGUCGAUCCGUAAGGAGAAGAUAAAGGACGAACAGGACAUGGUUCACAUCCGCCGAGAGAUCGAGAUCAUGUCUUCUCUCCGACACCCACACAUCAUCUCUAUCUACGAAGUGUUUGAGAAUAAAGACAAAAUCGUGAUUGUGAUGGAGUAUGCGAGUAAGGGAGAGUUAUACGACUACAUCAGCGAGCGUCGUCGCCUGAGUGAGAGAGAGACAAGACACUUCUUCAGACAGAUCGUCUCUGCAGUGCAUUACUGCCACAAGAAUGGCGUGGUACAUCGGGACCUCAAACUGGAAAACGUGCUGUUAGAUGAAAACUGUAACAUCAAGAUUGCAGACUUUGGUCUAUCCAACCUCUACCACAAAGACAAGCUCCUGCAGACCUUCUGUGGAAGCCCACUGUACGCUUCACCUGAGAUAGUCAACGGAAGACCGUACCGUGGCCCAGAGGUGGACAGUUGGGCAUUGGGGGUUCUGCUGUACACACUGGUGUAUGGGACCAUGCCUUUUGACGGAGGGGAUCACAAACGCCUCAUUCGCCAAAUCAGCAACGGGGAAUACAGAGACCCUCCACAGUCAUCAGAUGCACGGGGUCUGAUCCGCUGGAUGCUAAUGGUCAACCCAGAGCGCCGGGCAACAGUGGAAGACAUUGCCAACCACUGGUGGGUAAACUGGGGUUGGAAGAGCAGUGUGUGUGACUGUGAAGCCCAGCGUGACAAUGGUUCGCCCAUGCUGGCCCGCUUCAUUGACUGGCAGAACCGGGCUGAUGUCCGACCCGCCAAAUCCCAACCCCGAUCAGAGACGACCAUGGCGGGCACCACCUCCACCCGGACCCGCUUUAGAAAGUCUAUGAAGGAGAACGAUGGGGUUGGUGUCACUACCGAGGACAAAUCAGGCCUGAAGAGGCCGAAGGGUAUCCUGAAGACCCGGGCAAGUGGAGACCAACGGUCACAGAGUCUGGGUGAAAUAGAACUCAGGCGCUCUAUCCAAUACCAGGACACCGAGCCUGGGUCCAGCCCUGAGAGAGAGGACGAAGAACAGGCUUUGCUGGGAGGUUCACCCGCCAAAAUGGUCCCCACUCUUCCCAAGAAGGGCAUCCUGAAGAACAGCCAGCAGCGUGAGUCAGGCUACUACUCCUCACCAGAGCGUAGUGAGUCCUCCGAGCUGCUAGGUGGCACUGUGGCACCACCUGUGAACAGCUCCCCGCCAAAGCGCUCAGUGGGAAGAAAGGGCAUACUGAAGAGAAAUGGCAAGUACUCCACAAACAACCCCUUGCCUGUGGUGGGUGCCCAAGGGGAACCAAGCACCAAUGACUCAGGUCUGUCCCAUGGCCAAAGCCGACCCUCCAGUAUCAUGUGCAAGGAGAUUGGAUUGUCCAGCACGUCCUUCAUGGGGGUGGACUGGCCCCCCACAUCACCUAAAUCCAAAGUCAGGGCUUGCCUCUCAGCCGAGGAUCUGCUCCACUUGGCUGGCUUUCAGGGGCUCAAGACCACCCCCACCCUCCAUGGAGGUAAAGUCAGCCAAAGCCCUCCAGGUUCUCCUGGAGACAAUGGGAGCUUCUCCUUGCUGGGAGACCUGGAUGAUGUAACCCAGGUGUAUCAGCAAGCACUGGACAUCAGUGCUAAACUCAGCUAGAACCAGAGAGAACC